CGCCAUUUUGAUUUUGCGUGAGCUCUUCCUAACGAGUGCUAUAGGUGAAGUAAAGAAAGAGACUGGUAUUAUUCAGUUGUGUCUUUCUUUUGUUUGAGAUAAAUGAAAUAACAUCAAGGAUGUGAGAUUUCAAUCAAACUAAAAACAAUGACCAGAGAAGUUCUGUAGCCGGCAUAGCAUAAAAAUUUCCGUCGUAUUCCUGUUUCAUUGAAUCCGGCCGGAACCCAUUUUUAUUACUCAUGCAAACUCCUGUUCCUCUGACGACAAGCGUGUGACGACAGUGAUUAUGAUAUAGUAUUGUGCAAAAAUAUAUAGAUUAAAUAUAAUUCCGGAAACGUCGAAGUAUCGUACUGGUACAUAUCUCUAUAUACAAUGUAUAGGAGUCAGGAAAGAAAAGAGAUUCAAAAUCGUUUAUCUGAGUAGAACUAAUUUUGUGUGUCAAUAUACGUUUUUGGCAAAAUACUAUACAACUGGAAAAAGUUCUCCAUAACAAAAACCAUACACUUACAAUAUGCCUGCUGUCGGGGGAAUUAUUAAUCUAACUAAUUUCAAAUCUACAAAUAUUUCAGUGAAAUGAAAUAAUAUCUGCAUGAUUUGUCUGAUGAUCCAUGACAAAACUACCAAUGCAAUUGAAAGGGCGCCUGCGUCGCGUGGUCGUGGGCGUCAUUCAGGGAGACGUGAUGCACAGUGCUCCUUAACCUCAGAGAGAACGCCACCAUUCACCUUAAUUCAAAAGUCGCUGUUUUGAUUUUGAAAGCGCGCAGGAUCUAACCCGGAUAUGUUCUAAACUGUGUCAGAAAUGCAUAAUAUAGCUUAAAGGUUUGUUUGGAUGAACGAUUUUAACCGAAUGUUAUUUAAAGGUAAACAAGAAAUUUAAACUCAUUGUCGGGCAAUUACACGCAAAAAAAAAAAAAGAAGUCAACGAAAGGAAAGAUUGAUAGAGAACCAACGUUUUAGCAUGGAAGUCACUAUGUGAACACUACAAAAUGGUUAAUAUUUCAUUGAACACGGAUUCCUCUGGAGGAAAACUAGGAAACAAUGUUUCUAUAUCGGAGGACUACCUUUUGUGGUUAGCUAACGAACGUCUGUAUCACAUCAACAUACCUACAGUCGUGUUUUACAUCAUCGCCAUUCUUAUAGGAAUAUUUGGGAACACAUUGGUGAUUUACGUAUUUCGAUUCCGAUUUAAGAGGUCCACCGCAAACAUAUUUGUUGUCUGCCUGUCGACAUUUGAUACGAUAACGUGUUUUAUGUUGAUUUUUGAAGUGUUUGAUAAACGUCUCCCGAUGUACAGCGGGAAUUAUCCCGCAAUUUGCAAGCUGGUAAGAUGUUUAGAAGUAUUCUCAAAUGGAGGAGCCAGUAUCAUUCUCGUAGGUAUAGCAUUUGACCGUUACUAUAAGAUAUGUAAACCAUUUAGGCGACUUUCCAUGAGGACGGUCAGAAAUCUUAUAAUAGGAACAGUAAUACUUAUGCUACUCUCCAGUUGGCCGAUGAUGUUAUUUCACGGAUCCGAGACUGUGACCACCAUAUAUCCGGAUAUAUCUGGAAAAGACUGUGCCGAUGACGACCAGUUUAAAGGAUCUAUAUAUCCGGGGAUAUAUUUCAUCAUACUGUUCGUGUUUAUCAUUGUUUGUAUAGCUAUGAUUGUUGUUCUAUAUUCACUGAUUUUUGUAGCAAUUCUUAAGUGGAAGCACAGAAUUGUCGGUGAGGACAUUCGAUCGGCGUCCUUUUCGGGGAGUAUGAAAAAUUCAUCCUUUUCUUCACAGAAACAGAAAAGGAGACCCGUUGAAGAGAAUGCACAAUUUAGUGUUACAAAUAUUGUAGCUAAUAAAAAUGUUAAACAAUUGCAACCCCCCUCUGAACAGCAUGUCUCACAGAAUGACGAUAACGAAAGUAAAUUCAAAGAAAUAGUUUUAAAAAACAAGGAUAAAAACACCUUAGCAAAACACCCCACGGGCUUUGUGAAUGAAGGAUACACAGACUUUGAUGAGAGGUCUGAAGAUGUGUUUUCUGAUAUGACCAAAACUGUAUCUUGUUUGACAGUAAACAGUUACACUGAAAAUAAUAUGUCCAAAACAACCAUUUCUAACGAACUUGUCAUAGAAAAACCUAUAAAAGACACUGUUACAAAACCGAAAGAAAGGUUCAUCAUCGAUGGAUCUAUGAGUAUCGAGGAGAGCGAAAUCAAACUAAAAUACAAAGUGAAAUUAUCCAAUUUAAGAAAACAAUUUCGGCGGCGUGGAAGCAAGGCGGACGUUCGGAUCAGCGCCACAACUGUUGUGUUUAGUUUUAUAGCACUUCUGUACGUUUUGAGCUAUAUUCCUACAAUUGUGGUGGAGAGUAUGAAUGCAAUAAAUCCUCUUAUUGAAGAACAAUUGUCUGAUACAACAAGAAAAGUAGUAGUCAUGGCGAAUUCAGCCUACUUUAUGAACGGGGCCUUUAACCCAUUACUUUAUGGAAUGUUCAACAAGGCUUUUCGAGAUGAACUUUUACUAAUUGUGAAGGCACGUCCAAAAUAAUUUGGUUGGAAUUUCUCUAACUUUCUAUAUCUAAACAAACGAAGCUUUCAUGCACAUAUUUCAAUGAUAUAUAAAUGCAAUUGAUUUUUCUUAGUUUUGUCAUAUCAUGUUUUGAAAUUCUUGUUUUAAUGUCAAGCUGACCUAAUUAGAAAACUUACUGUUUAUGUUAACCGCUCACGUAGGUUUCUUGAAAGUUAAACAAAUAAAAUUUACAAACAAAUA